AUGAAGCAGAACGGCGGGAGAGAAACGCCAGAUGGGGUGCGUUAUCCCCACAUCGCCCUUGACGUACUUGGGCAGUGCCACAGCAGCGCUUGUGUGGAGCUUGGAAACACGCGUGUCAUUUGCGCAGUUCACCACCCACAGCAGCUUGUGGAUGAGUACCGUGGGAGUCGUGGACGUGUAGCAUGCACCGUACGAAGGUCCGCUUCGGCGGGUUCUCAUGCUGCAGGAUCUGCUCAGCCGUCUGUUGUGACGCCGGAGAAGGACAUGUCCCUUGCGUUGGAAGGAGUGGCAGAAGAGGUGGUGAUACUGGAAAAGAUUCCGCAGUUGUUGGUGGAGGUGGUGGUGGAAAUUCUUGCAGAGGAUGGAGGCGUGUGGGAUGCCGUGGCGACAAGUAUGAGUGCGGCGUUGGUAAGCGGGGGCUUUGAAAUGUACGAUUUAUUCUCUGCCUGCGGUUCCGCCCUGCUUUCUGAUGGCGCAGUGGUGCUGGACCCCGAUGCUGCGGAGGAGUCCAACGCCCAGGCAUCCGCUCUUGUUUGUUUGAUGCUCAACUCGGGCGACAUUUGCUACGCCAGGCAUCAAGGGUCGUGUGAGCCGGGGACGGUCUUGGAACUCGUUUCUUCUGCCAUGAAGGGAUGCCUCUCCCGUAAAUCAGCCAUCACAACGCAAUUAAUCAAUCACCCGAUUUUAUGA